UUCCAAUAUUUCUUGUACAUUAAUUCCUAUAAAUAAAGAGCAAAGUACUUCUAUAAAGUCAUUAACAUAUCCACAAGAAAAUAUUUUCUAAUAUACAGUAACGAUCAAGAGGUGUUUGAAGCAUAGUUUCGGUUUAUCUGAAAAAUAUUUGGUUAAUUACUUACACAAGUUUUAUUAUAUAAUAUAUAUACAUCGAUGGCAAGUUCUAUGAUGAUCGUAGGUCACAAAUCGGCCGGUUUUUACGCGAACCCUAAUCCGAGAUCGUCUCAUUCUAAGUUGUCGUGGAAUCCCAUUUCGAAGCUGGCUUUCGCAAACGAAAUCGGUUUCUUGCUCAAGCAAACUAGAGUUGUUCAAUAUUGUGAUAAUCACAAAACUAAAAGGAACUCUUUUGUUGUGUAUGCAAGUAGUUUACCAGGAGCACCAUUGCCUUCUGGACCACCAUCCAAGCCCAUGAGCUGGGUUCUUGGAUUAGUGGUAUCACUUAUCUUGCCAUUUUUCACAAACAAGUGGGGCCCACUAUGGGUGCUCAAAAAUAGGAUUGAGACGGCGGUGGAAACGGUGGAGCACAUAGUGGAGGCGGUGGAGAAAGUGGCGGAGGAAGUCGACAAGAUCGCCGAGGACAUCGCCGACGAUCUUCCGCAAGGGAAGCUCAGAGAUCUCGUGGAGCUCGUCGAACACACGGCCGAGAAAGCAGCUAAGACCGCCGAUUGUCUCGAUGAUCUCAUCGACAAGGUUCAGGAAGCUGAAGAUCAAGUGGAGGGCAUUGUUGAAUCUAUAGCCAAAAGUUCUCCAAAGAAAGCAAAAUAAGAUCAUUGACAAACAUUUUUUUGUCAAAGGGCAUUUUUUUUAGCUGGAUUGAUAGACUAAAUUCAUUGUGUAUAUAAUUAAGCACAAUAAAUUAAAUUUAUUUAUUUAAUUUUGAAAUUAUUUAAUUAGAGGAGUUGUUGUUUUAACUUCUACUCAUUGAUAUUAUCUGUUUUUACAUUUUGUUUUAUUCCU